AGCAAUCGAUCUUAAAUCGAUAUUUUAUAAAUCUCGUGCACCGUAUUUCUCAUUUCUAUGUUAUCGAUUGGCGAAACGAUAGUUUUUCGCUUCUGUACAGCGUGUUUCGUGUCAUAAUUGUCACUUUAAUGCCUCUAAAAUAUGCUCUAAUGUGAGGAGUGAUCCUCCACUAGCAGGCCGCUGCGCCGCGCUCAGCUCAGCUGCUCUGCUGAGGCUGUGCUCGUGAGAGCGGCGGCGGCUCGGGGGGCUUCCCUAGGGAGUUCAAGUCCAGUUGGCUCUUUAUCGUCAGAGGACCAUGACUUUGACCCAACAGCAGAAAUGUUAGUUCAUGAGUAUGAUGACGAGAGGACUCUGGAGGAGGAAGAGUCUCAGGAGGGAGGGAGGAAUUUCACCUCAGAGAUUGCAGAUCUUGAAAAGGAGGGGAACAUGCCUUUGGAGGAGCUUUUGGCCAUCUAUCGCUAUGAGGCCUCAGCAGGCUCCAGUAUAGACAGCUCCUCUGGAGACCUGACCGAUGAGCUGCCUGACAUGACUCUGGACAAGGAGGAAAUAGCUAAAGACCUGCUGUCUGGGGACUAUGAGGAGGAGACCCAGUCCUCAGCAGAUGAUCUGACCCCUUCAGUCACCUCCCACGAGGCUACCGAUUUCUUCCCAAGAACACUUCGAUCCAACGCUAUUUCUGAUGGUGAUAAAGAGUCAGAGUGUGAUGAAGAUGGCCCAAGCCCAGAAGACUCUAGAAAGGAAAUAAUGGUAGGAACACAGUACCAAGCAGAGGUACCUUCUGGCCUCUGUCACUACAAAGAUGGGGAGAAAGUUUAUGAGGAUGAAGACGAGUUAUUAUGGAGCCCAGGUAAAUUGCCAGAAAACAAGGUUAGGACUUUCCUGUCUGACGUGUUGUCACGGACAACAGAUGAAAAGAUAGGAUGUGACAAACCAUGGAUGCAUGUUCGAGACGAUGAGAAGGCUUUAUAUGAACUUGUCAAGUGCAACUACAACGUCCGCGAAGCACUAGAGAGACACUGCAGCCGUGUAAAGUCCUCAAAAGAAAAAUCACCUCCGUGGUCUGAAGAGGAAUGCAAGAACUUUGAGCACGCACUACAGAUGUAUGACAAGAAUUUUCACCUCAUACAGAAACAUAAAGUCACAACACGAACAGUAGCCGAAUGUGUGGCGUUUUACUACAUGUGGAAAAAGUCAGAGCGCUUUGACUUCUUUGUGCAGCAGAAUCGCUUUGGGAAGAAAAAGUACAGCAGCUAUCCUGGUGUAACUGACCUGAUGGACAGGCUGGUGGAUGAAGCAGAAGGACUGGCAGUGGACAGUUCCUCCUCUGUGUGUUCGGGAGCAGGUGGAGGAGGAAGGCUGGAGACCACCACAGACCAACAGCUCAGCCUGCUUAACUCCAUCACUGCCAGCGACCUCACAGCUUUGAGUAACACUGUAGCCACAGUGUGCAACCCUGCAGAGGUUGGUUGCAUGGACUCCUACAGCUUUCCUCCACUGGAAAGUCUCCAUCGUGGGUCCCUAAACCAUGAUGAGUCCCUCGGGUUCCCUUCUAAUGGCGCAGACCCCGACUGCCUCAACAUGCUCGACGCCGGCUUCUACCACUCAGAUCUGGGCCAGCUAGGAGGAGUGUGCGGCAACAAGGACUGCGAGCGGCCCUCCAAGAGACUCAAGAUGGCCCUGCCUGACUCCUUUAUCAAUGACGUGUCUGUGGGUAACCUUGGAGUGGACUUUGAAGCGCGACGGACAACAACGCACCACCACCGAAUCACCGGCGCCAAAAUGGCAGUGUCUGUCACAGACUUUGGGAGCUUGGCUGGCAACGGCGAGCCCAACGGGUUUCUGGGAGCACAUGCACGGCACCACACACAGCACACUGCAGCACUUCAGUCAGAGUGAUCUUCCUCGUCUUCAUCCCUUGUUCUUCCCUUUUGAAACCCCUUAUCCCGCUUGUACAUAAGACUGACCUCACUGGAGAAUCUGAUUUGUUUAAAUUUUACUAUAUAUAUAUAUAUAUAUCUCUAUAUAUAUGUAUAUGAAUAUACUUUUUUGUUUUCAUUUUUUGUGUAAUAUGACAUCAGUGAUGUCUAUCAUAUAGAACUAAAAUCUUGAUUUCUCUCAAGAGUUUAUAUAGCCAUUUAUUUUAUUCUCGUUUUGCGGUCUUGAGAUGUGUAACGUCCAUGUACAGUGGGGCCCAGAGGCUGCAGUAGGAGAGUUGUGUAUCUUCCUCCCUCACAUCUUCAGAGCUACAGUAUGUUAUCCUGCCAUUCUUUUCAGCUGCCAAAAUUGGCUCAGUUUUUCUGCCUCUAGUGUCAGUAUUUAGUUGCUUGUCUUUGUUGUUUGAAGUGGUACUUUCUUUUUAAAUUAGUGUGUGGUUUACAGGUACUUUUUAGUAACCAGACUGGUGCAAAUGGUUUUAUUUGUCCCCAAAUAAACCUGGCUAGAUAUUGUAUGAAGAGCAACACUAGCACUAGCAUGGAGAUUAGCUUGGAGAGCAGGAAGUGGGUGGCUUCAGCUGCUAAGGCCUUCCAGUUUGGUUUUCUUUUCUUUUCCUUUUCUCCUGUGGAAGCUUGUCUGCGGUUGGUCUGCUUGUUUACUUUUUAAACUGUUCAAAGUGGCCAAACUGGAACAUGUGAAUGUUUGCAACACUUAUUUUUUUUUUAUUAUUCCAUUUAGUCAAACUCAAACUUUAGUCCCUGAUUCAUAGUUUUUCUAUUACAUUUUUAAACAGCUGAUGAAGAAUACCUGUGCAGAGUAACAUAAUGGGAGUCUCCUUGUUUUACAGUUGGAUAUUGAGUUUUUCCUGCUUCUUUCUAGGAGGGUAUCAGUCAGACAAACCAUAACAUCAUAACAGCAAUACUGCCAUGCAAAGAUAUUGGUUAAAUUAAUAGUCAUUUAAACAUAGACAUCAUCAGGCACUGUAAAGUGUGUAUUUAUUACUUGUACUUUAACCUUUUGUGAGACUUAGUUUAAUCCUUUCAAUCAUGCUACUCUUAGGCAAGUUUAGCUGUAUGUGUCCUUUUAGUUAUAGUAAAAAUAUUAUUAGAAUAUGUCCCUAAAUCAAGUAAUGCCAUUUUCAGACCACUUAGCAAGCUUGGGUAAACCUGCUAGCAGUAUUAUAUCUUUAUUUAAAGCCACUCAGAUUUUGUAUUCAACCUCUGCCUAACCUGUACUGACUAGAGAAUGCCUUGUACGAUCUAGUCGACAGUUUCUUGGAGUCUAGUAGCAGAAAUGGAGCUGUUGUCUCUUGACUGAAGUCCAUCAUUGUGAAUUGUAAAAUGUUUAGCGGGUCAUCGUCAGUUGAUUGGAUGCAGUAGUAGUGUUUACUUAAUUUAUCUAUGCAUUGUGCUAUGAAUAAUUAGUUUGUUUCAGGGGUACAUCAUGUUUGUCAUGUCCAUAGAUCUAGUAAUUCACCAUUAUGUGUGUACAGACAGGAUUUCAUGCUUAUAACCCAUUAUUAAGUUUGAUCAUGUAGUUCAUGUUCCACGCCCAGCAUCGGAGAAGAUAUUCACCUCUGCGUUUCAUGUAAAUAUUUAGCAAAUAGCCUUUAAAAAGUCUAUUAACUGACCUCUUACACUUGUGAAUCUAUGUUGAUACAAAGGUUUUAAUUUGAUUUCUUGUCAAAAGGCAAUAAUUUGUAGAUAUGUACAGAUAUUUUGGGUUUUGCAUUUUACCAGUUGACUUGGUGUUUUGAAUUUUGUUUCACUCUUUGGAAAGUCAUGAUCCCCAGUACAGAGCUGAAACCACGCAUGCCAGCUGUGUCUGUUUCUCAAGUGUACCACUGAAAACGGCUUUACCUGAAGACGUAUUGAUAUUACUCAAUGUUGCAAUUUUGCCUUCAAAACUUGCAGCCAUGUGUAAAAGACGCUCGUCUUUCUUUCUUCAAUUUUUUUUUUUUUUUAAACAUGUCGUCGUCUAUAUUUGUCUUGAUGGUAAAGGGAUGGCUGCUGCUCUAAGUAUGUGGAGAGCUAGUUUCUCUUUUAAUGCAAUGUGCAUAAUGCAGUAGGUCCUCCAAGCUCUUCUAGCUUUAGCAGUGCAGUGAUAUUUAUUUCAGCUGUGGUUUGUACAAAGACUCAGAAAAACUGUCAGAAUGUAAAGGCCAUUAAGUAGUAGAAGUAGGUUUUUCACCACCCUGUGAACUCUCGAAAAUGUGAUAUUUUAUUGAUAUCUCUGGUAUGAGACUUGUGUGUGCAAGAAAGCACUAAACAAAUUUAUUUUAUAUUUUGUAUUGUGUUUUGAAGUUUAAAAAGGAAAACAUAUAGCAGUUGUGGUUUUGAAAAAGAAAACUCGAGUCCUUUGAUGAAAACAAAAACACCUUUGUGAAUAAAAAACCUACAAAACUUAAAAAUGUAUAUCCAGAAAUAUAGACAAUCAAAAACUUCACUAUGAGAAAUGUUCAAGAAGCUAUCUUUAUUGUUUAUAAGAAUUGUACAUAAACAUUGAGUUGUUUUUUUUCUUUUGUUAAACAUUAUUUUGUAUUUUCUGUUGUACUUUAAUACCUUGUGUACAGAUCCAGAAAUAAAGCUCUGGAAAAGGUUCA